AUGCCACCGAAGAAGAAGACGACAAAGACGACGAAGGCACGAACACCACCACCAGCAGAAACGAAGAAACGCAAAACGCGAUCGAAGACGCCUCCUCCUCCUGAAACGACGACGACGAAAACAGAGGGAGAAGAAGAAGAAGAAGAAGAUGGUAACGGUGCAAUUGUUGAGACGACGAAGAAACGAAAGACUUUGACACAUCCGAGGAAAGAAGGCGUGAGCCGAAGGCGGACGACGUCGUCUCUUGAAGCGCCGAUUGUUUUACUCGAAGGACACGCGGGUGCGGUGAACGACGUGAAGUUUAGCGCGGACGGGAAGUUCAUCGCGACGGCAGGGAGCGAUGCGUGCGUUCGGUUGUGGUCGUAUGAUUUUGAUGAUGAGGAUGAAGACGAAGAAGAAGAAGAGAAAAAACCAAAGAAGAAGAAGAACAACAUCGAAAACCGAUUCAUUUUAAGAGGACAUAAGAACGCGGUUCUUUCGCUGGCAUUCCUCUCCGAUCAAUUUUCGAUCGCUUCUGCGAGCGCGGAUAAAUCGAUACGCGUCUGGGACGUGGAAUACGCAGAGCAGGUGAAGAAGUACGAUAAGAGUCACUCGAGAGCGAUAAACUGCGUGAGCGCGAACGAACGAGGGACGAGUUUAAUCGUCUCCGCCUCGGACGACGGGUUUUCGAAAGUUUUCGACGCGAGAGUGGCGAAGAAAGAGGUGAUGCAGUUGAAGCACAAGUAUCCAGUCGUGUCGUGCGCGUUCAGGCAAGAUGGGUUAGAAUGCGCCACGUCCGGGGCGGACGGGAUCGUGAGAACCUGGGAUUUACGAUACGCGACGAGUUUUCAAGAAACCACGAACGAGGAAGUUCGAGCGCGAGUGAAGAAUGAUGUGUUGUGUUUAGAUACGAAAAUGACGGCGUUGACGAUGAAAGAGGGACACGAGGAUAUCGUCACUGGUCUCGCGUACUCGUAUCCAGACGGAUUCGAACUCGCCUCGGUUGGGAUGGACGGCAAGUGUAACUUGUUCGAUUUAAAACCUUUCCGAGAAAACGCCGACGCGAGAGUCGAAAUGACGUACAAAGGCGUCCAAACCGAUUUCGAAAAGCGCGUGAUCAAGUGUUGCGCGAGUUCUCCUUCAAUUUCAGCGAACGUGUCCUCGAAACCAACGUACGUCUCGUCCGGUUCAGCGUGCGGCAACGUCUUCGUCUGGGACCAAAAAACCGGCAAGAUUAAAUACAAACUUCCCGGUCACAAAGGCAGUUGUUUAUCCGUCGCGUUUCAUCCGUUUGAACCCGUAUUAGCCAGCGCGGGUGCGGAUGGGAAGGUGUUCUUAGGUGAGUUAGCUUUGUAA